CUCCUCGCGCUCCCACCCCCUCCCGCGGCCACCCGCUCGCGCUCCCCACCUGGUAAAACAAAGCCGGGGACGAUGCCUGCCCGAGCCGCGCGCCGCGCGCAGCCCGGCUCCGAAUGAGAAUGGCGGCACCUGAUCUGCUGGAUCCUAAAUCUGCUGCUCAGAACUCCAAACCCAGGCUCUCUUUUUCCACGAAACCCACCGUGCUUGCUGCCCGAGUGGAGAGCGACACGGCCAUUAAUGUUAUGAAAUGGAAGACGGUCUCCACGAUUUUCCUGGUGGUCGUGCUCUACCUGAUCAUUGGGGCCACUGUGUUCAAAGCCUUGGAGCAGCCGCACGAGAUUUCCCAGAGGAGCACCAUUGUGAUCCAGAAGCAGACCUUUGUGGCCCAGCAUGCCUGCGUCAACUCCACUGAGCUGGAUGAGCUCAUCCAGCAAAUAGUUGCAGCAAUAAAUGCAGGGAUUAUACCUUUAGGAAACACCUCCAAUCAAAUCAGUCACUGGGAUUUGGGAAGUUCCUUCUUCUUUGCUGGCACUGUUAUUACAACUAUAGGAUUUGGAAAUAUCUCACCUCGCACUGAAGGGGGGAAAAUAUUCUGUAUCAUCUAUGCCUUACUGGGGAUCCCUCUCUUUGGUUUUUUGUUGGCUGGAGUUGGGGACCAACUAGGGACCAUAUUUGGAAAAGGAAUCGCCAAAGUGGAAGAUACGUUUAUUAAGUGGAAUGUUAGUCAGACCAAGAUCCGCAUCAUCUCCACCAUCAUGUUCACCCUGUUUGGCUGUGUGCUCUUCGUGGCCCUACCUGCCGUCAUAUUCAGGCACAUUGAGGGCUGGAGCGCCCUGGAUGCCAUCUACUUCGUGGUGAUCACCUUGACCACCAUCGGAUUUGGCGACUACGUUGCAGGUGGCUCGGAUAUCGAGUACCUGGACUUCUACAAGCCUGUCGUGUGGUUUUGGAUCCUGGUGGGCCUGGCGUACUUUGCUGCCGUCCUGAGCAUGAUCGGGGAUUGGCUCCGCGUCAUAUCCAAGAAGACAAAGGAAGAGGUAGGGGAGUUCCGGGCUCACGCUGCCGAGUGGACGGCCAACGUCACUGCCGAGUUCAAGGAGACCAGGAGGCGGUUGAGCGUGGAGAUCUACGACAAGUUCCAGCGGGCCACCUCCAUCAAGCGCAAGCUGUCGGCCGAGCUGGCCGGGAACCACAACCAGGAGCUGACCCCUUGCCGGCGGACCCUGUCUGUGAACCACCUGGCCAGUGAGAGGGAAGUGCUGCCACCCCUGCUGAAGGCUGAGAGCAUCUAUCUGAACGGACUCACGCCCCCCUGUGCGGGCGAGGAGAUCGCUGUGAUUGAGAACAUGAAGUAGGCAUCUCUCGCAGGAGCCUUAGGCAUAGCCAGAGGUGAGGACGUCUCUGCUCGUUAAGGCUGUUGCUGGUAGCGUUUCUUAAAUUGUGCGUGAACUGCAAAGGAGGGGGAUAGAUACACCCAUCCUGGUCACCUGCCAUCAAGAGGAUUUGGAUUCCGAGCCAGCACUGUCUGUCUGAUGAUACUUUCUUUGACACAUGGAGUGAACACCCAGGCCUGAUGCCCUUCUGUGCCCAGACUGUCCACCUCCUCUUCUCCUGAUGUGCCAUAUGCCUCAGAACGAGUCCUGUGUGUUUCUGGUAAUCACGUAGCUUCGAGGGGUCAGCCCUUUACUAUUCGGGGUGUACCUAACUGAGCCUAGAAACGGACCGUUGUUGGAUGACAACAAUUUUUAUGUAAAUGGCGAGAAAUUCUUAUUCAGUCUUUUACCUAAGAAAUUUUCUGUCAGUGCCUUAUCUUAGGAAGAAACAGAACCCCCCUAGCUAAUGUGUGGUCUCUCUUUCCCCACUCCACCCCCAGGCUCACCUCCCUGUCCUUUACCCAGAGCUCAGCUGGAAUCCCAAACCAUGUGGAAAGAGUGUAAAAUGACUGAAUGAGGAAGCCUGAGGAAGGGGCAGAUGCCAACUUAGAUGGACAUUGAGGCAACCCUCAGAGACCCUAGCGGUCAAGGCACUGCAGAGAAAUGGGGUACAAAGGUGGCCCCUCCGAAUAUUUAUUGGACUCCGCUGCCCAUGGUACAUUAGUACCAGGCCAGCAAACAUUGGCCCCUCCCAGACGGCCCCUGUGUUCCUAGCAGUAUUUGGAAUUAUCCUUUAUGGAUAACUAUACAUUGGUAAAUGUAGAAGAAGAGUAUCUAUGCACAUAUGUAAGUAAUCUGCAGGGAAGCUGUCCUGCGGUCUCCGGGAGUGAUUAGAUGGUGUGGAUCGCCAUCUGGGCAGAGAAGAACGUGCUACAAGCACUUGCCAACGAGUGCACUGCCAGCAUCUACUUUCUGAUGUACGAAAGUCAUGUAAUUUUCUUUUGGGGGUGACUGUGCCUGGGGAGGCAGAUGAUGCUGCAAUUGGGAGGGGUGUGGUCCCAGCCUCCGGGGCUCACACCUCUGGCACACAGCAUGAGAAUGGAAUUCUGGGCAGGGGUCACUGUGAUUUUGCACAUGGGAAAACCUAGAUUGCAGACAUCACCUCUGAUGUUCAAGAAAAGGCUCUACACCACAACUGAAAUCUCGAGAACCUUUCCUUCUUAGAUAGAAGUGCUGAUAACCCUUUCUAGUUUAAUUUUAUAGCCUGUAAUUCUUGGGAUGUUUUCAAGACUCAGAAGAAUUCAGCAAAGGUACCCAGUAGCUUGCUCCGCUGUCCUUUAUUUUCAUAUUACUUCUGCUGUACAUUGUAUAUAUAAUUUUUAAAAUGCAGAAAGAAAAUGAUUUCCCUAAAUAUAAUUACAAAACUUAUUUCUUUUACUCUUGGGGGGUGGGAUUUUCUGAAUAAGUGGCAUUCAGUUGAGGGUUGGAAAAAAAACAACCCAGGAUCUUAAAAAAAUACAAAAAAUUAACAGAUGCUUAUUUUCCAAAAUUUAAGCUAGAAGUAUAAAUAUUCAGUUAACUUGUUGAAGGUACUUUUAUAAACUUAAAAGAAUCUGAACCAAAAUCUUAGGAAGUCAGGCUCUCAUAGAAAGGAAGCUACAUCCAUUUCUUCAGUGACUGUUCUGAAAGUUGCCAUGGUGGGUUACACCAUGUAUAAACUGUGAAUUGUAUUGAUAAAUAAAGUUUGUAAUUAAAGCUGUAUUUUCUGAGUCUCCUGCUU